AUGUCGAAAAGUAUUGAUAUAUCGAUAAGUAUCGAUAUAUCGAUAAGUAUCGAUAUAUCGAAAAGUAUCGAUAUGCCGAAAAGUAUCGAUAUAUCGAUAAAUAUUGAUAAGUAUCGAAAAGAUAUAGAUAAGUAUCGAAAAGAUAUCGAUAAGUAUCGAAAAGAUAUCGAAAAGUAUCGAAAAGACAUCGAAAAGUAUCGAAAAGAUAUCGAAAAGAUAUCGAAAAGUAUCGAAAAGAUAUCGAAAAGUAUCUAUAUAUAUCGAAAAGUAUCUAUAUAUAUCGAAAAGUAUCUAUAUAUAUCGAAAAUAUCGAUAUAUGAGUACCGAAAAGAUAUCGAAAAGUACCGAAAAGAUAUCGAAAAGUACCGAAAAGAUAUCGAAAAGUACCGGAAAGAUAUCGAAAAGUACCGAAAAGAUAUCGAAAAGUACCGAAAAGAUAUCGAAAAGUACCGAAAAGAUUUCGAAAAGUACCGAAAAGAUUUCGAAAAGUACCGAAAAGAUAUCGAAAAGUACCGAAAAGAUAUCGAAAAGUACCGAAAAGAUAUCGACAAGUACCGAAAAGAUAUCGACAAGUACCGAAAAGAUAUCGACAAGUACCGAAAAGAUAUCGACAAGUACCGAAAAGAUAUCGAAAAGUAUCGAAAAGAUAUCGAAAAGUAUCGAAAAGAUAUCGAAAAGUAUCAUAAAGAUAUCGAAAAGUAUCGAAAAGAUAUCGAAAAGUAUCGAUGUAUCGAUAAGUAUAAGUACCGAAAAGAUAUCGACAAGUACCGAAAAGAUAUCGACAAGUACCGAAAAGAUAUCGACAAGUACCGAAAAGAUAUCGAAAAGUAUCGAAAAGAUAUCGAAAAGUAUCGAAAAGAUAUCGAAAAGUAUCGUAAAGAUAUCGAAAAGUAUCGAACAGAUAUCGAAAAGUAUCGAUAUAUCGAAAAGUAUCGAAAAGAUAUCGAAAAGUAUCGAAAAGAUAUCGAAAAGUAUCAUAAAGAUCGAAAAGUAUCUAAAAGAUAUCGAAAAGUAUCGAUAUAUCGAAAAAAAAGGUAUCGAAAAGUAGCGAAAAGAUAUCGAAAAGUACCGGAAAGAUAUCGAAAAGUACCGAAAAGAUAUCGAAAAGUACCGAAAAGAUAUCGAAAAGUACCGAAAAGAUAUCGAAAAGUAUCGAAAAGAUAUCGAAAAGUAUCGAAAAGAUAUCGAAAAAAUCGAUAUAUCGUAAAGUAUCGAUAUAUCGAAAAGUACCGAUAUAUCGAAAAGUACCGAAAAGAUAUCGAAAAGUAUCGAAAAGAUAUCGAAAAGUACCGAAAAGAUAUCGAAAAGUACCGAAAAGAUAUCCAAAAGUACCGAAAAGAUAUCGAAAAGUACCGAAAAGAUAUCGAAAAGUACCGAAAAGAUAUCGAAAAGUACCGAAAAAUUUUCGAAAAGUAUCGAAAAGAUAUCGAUAAGUAUCGAAAAGAUAUCGAUAAGUAUUUAUAUAUAAUGAAAAUAUCGAUAUAUAAUGAAAAGUAUCGAAAAGAUAUCGAUAAGUAUCGAAAAGAUAUCGAUAAGUAUCGAAAUUUUAUAGAUAAGUAUCGAAAAGAUAUCGAAAAGUAUCGAAAAGAUAUCGAAAAGUAUCGAAAAUACAUCGAAAAGUAUCGAAAAGAUAUGGAAAAGUAUCGAAAAGAUAUCGAAAAGUGUCUAUAUAUAAUGAAAAAUAUCGAUAAGUAUCGAAAAGAUAUCGAUAAGUAUCGAAAAGAUAUCGAUAAGUAUCGAAAAGAUAUCGAUAAGUAUCGAAAAGAUAUAGAUAAGUUUCGAAAAGAUAUCGAAAAGUAUCGAAAAGACAUCGAAAAGUAUCGAAAAGUUAUCGAAAAGUAUCGAAAAGAUAUCGAAAAGUAUCGAAAAGUUAUCGAAAAGUAUCGAAAAGAUAUCGAAAAGUAUCGAAAAGAUAUCGAAAAGUAUCGAAAAGAUAUCGAAAAGUAUCUAUAUAUAUCGAAAAUAUCGAUAUAUAAGUACCGAAAAGAUAUCGAAAAGUACCGAAAAGAUAUCGAAAAGUAUCGAAAAGAUAUCGAAAAGUAUCGAAAAGAUAUCGAAAAGUAUCGAAAAGAUAUCAAAAAGUAUCGAUAUAUCGAUAAUAUCGAAAAGAUAUCGAAAAGAUCGAAAAGUAUCGAGAAGAUAUCGCAAAGUAUCGAUAUAUCGAUAAGUAUCGAUAUAUCGAAAAGUAUCGAUAUAUCGAUAAGUAUCGAUAUAUCCGAUAUAUCGAUAAUAUCGAUAUAUAAUGAAAAGUAUCGAAAAGAUAUCGAAAAGUAUCGAAAAGAUAUCGAAAAGUAUCGAAAAGAUAUCGAAAAGUAUCGAAAAGUAUCGAAAAGAUAUCGAAAAGUAUCGAAAAGAUCGAAGAAAAGAUAUCGAAAAAAUCGAUAUAUCGUAAAGUAUCGAUAUAUCGAAAAGUACCGAUAUAUCGAAAAGUACCGAAAAGAUAUCGAAAAGUAUCGAAAAGAUAUCGAAAAGUACCGAAAAGAUAUCGAAAAGUACCGAAAAGAUAUCCAAAAGUACCGAAAAGAUAUCGAAAAGUACCGAAAAGAUAUCGAAAAGUACCGAAAAGAUAUCGAAAAGUACCGAAAAAUUUUCGAAAAGUAUCGAAAAGAUAUCGAUAAGUAUCGAAAAGAUAUCGAUAAGUAUUUAUAUAUAAUGAAAAUAUCGAUAUAUAAUGAAAAGUAUCGAAAAGAUAUCGAUAAGUAUCGAAAAGAUAUCGAUAAGUAUCGAAAAGAUAUCGAUAAGUAUCGAAAAGAUAUCGAUAAGUAUCGAAAUUUUAUAGAUAAGUAUCGAAAAGAUAUCGAAAAGUAUCGAAAAGAUAUCGAAAAGUAUCGAAAAGACAUCGAAAAGUAUCGAAAAGAUAUCGAAAAGAUAUCGAAAAGUAUCGAAAAGAUAUCGAAAAGUAUCGAAAAGAUAUCGAAAAGUACCGAAAAAAUAUCGAAAAGUAUCGAUAUAUCGAAAAAUAUCGAAAAGUACCGAGAAGAUAUCGAAAAGUACCGAAAAGAUAUCGAAAAGUAUCGAAAAGAUAUCGAAAAGUAUCGAAAAGAUAUCGAACAGUAUCGAUAUAUAUCGAAAAGCAUCGAUAUAUAUCGAAAAGUAUCUAUAUAUAAGGAAAAGUAUCGAUAUAUAAGGAAAAUAUCGAUAUAUAAUGAAAAGUAUCGAAAAGAUAUCGAAAAGUAUCGAAAAGAUAUCAAAAAGUAUCGAAAAGAUAUCGAAAAGUAUCGAAAAGAUAUCGAAAAGUAUCGAUAUAUCGAUAAGUAUCGAUAUAUCGAUAAGUAUCGACAUAUCGAUAAUACCGAUAUAUCGAAAAGUACCGAAAAGAUAUCGAAAAGUAUCGAAAAGAUAUCGAAAAGUAUCGAAAAGAUAUCGAAAAGUAGCGAAAUAAUAUCGAAAAGUAUCGAAAAGAUAUCGAAAAGUAUCGAAAAGAUAUCGAAAAAUAUCGAUAAGUAUCGAAAAGAUAUCGAUAAGUAUCGAAAAGAUAUCGAUAAGUAUCGGAAAGAUAUCGAUAAGUAUCGAAAAGAUAUAGAUAAGUUUCGAAAAGAUAUCGAAAAGUAUCGAAAAGACAUCGAAAAGUAUCGAAAAGUUAUCGAAAAGUAUCGAAAAGAUAUCGAAAAGUAUCGAAAAGUUAUCGAAAAGUAUCGAAAAGAUAUCGAAAAGUAUCGAAAAGAUAUCGAAAAGUAUCGAAAAGAUAUCGAAAAGUAUCGAAAAGAUAUUGAAAAGUAUCGAAAAGAUAUCGAAAAGUAUCUAUAUAUAUCGAAAAUAUCGAUAUAUAAGUACCGAAAAGAUAUCGAAAAGUACCGAAAAGAUAUCGAAAAGUACCGAAAAGAUAUCGAAAAGUAUCGAAAAGAUAUCGAAAAGUAUCGAAAAGUUAUCGAAAAGUAUCGAAAAGAUAUCAAAAAGUAUCGAUAUAUCGAUAAGUAUCGAAAAGAUAUCGAAAAGUAUCGAUAUAUCGAUAAUAUCGAUAUAUCGAUAAGUAUUGAUAUAUCCGAUAUAUCGAUAAGUAUCGAUAUAUCGAAAAAUAUCGAAAAGUACCGAAAAGAUAUCCAAAAGUACGGAAAAGGUAUCGAAAAGUACCGAAAAGGUAUCGAAAAGUACCGAAAAUAUAUCGAAAAGUAUCGAAAAGAUAUCGAAAAGUAUCGAAAAAAUAUCGAAAAGUAUCGAAAAGAUAUUGAAAAGUAUCGAAAAGAUAUCGAAAAGUAUCUAUAUAUAAUGAAAAUAUCGAUAUAUAAUGAAAAGUAUCGAAAAGAUAUCGAUAAGUAUCGAAAAGAUAUCGAUAAGUAUCGAAAAGAUAUCGAUAAGUAUCGAAAAGAUAUCGAUAAGUAUCGAAAAGAUAUAGAUAAGUAUCGAAAAGGUAUCGAUAAGUAUCGAAAAGAUAUCGAAAAGUAUCGAAAAGAUAUCGAAAAGUAUCGAAAAGACAUCGAAAAGUAUCGAAAAGAUAUCGAAAAGAUAUCGAAAAGUAUCGAAAAGAUAUCGAAAAGUAUCGAAAAGAUAUCGAAAAGUAUCUAUAUAUAUCGAAAAAAUCGAUAUAUCGAUAAGUACCGAAAAGAUAUCGAAAAGUACCGAAAAGAUAUCGAAAAGUACCGAAAAGAUAUCGAAAAGUACCGAAAAGAUAUCAAAAAGUACCGAAAAGAUAUCGAAAAGUACCGAAAAGAUAUCGAAAAGUACCGAAAAGAUUUCGAAAAGUACCGAAAAGAUAUCGAAAAGUACCGAAAAGAUAUCGAAAAGUACCGAAAAUAUAUCGAAAAGUACCGAAAAGAUAUCGAAAAGUACCGAAAAGAUAUCGAAAAGUACCGAAAAGAUAUCGAAAAGUACCGAAAAGAUAUCGAAAAGUACCGAAAAGAUAUCGACAAGUACCGAAAAGAUAUCGAAAAGUACCGAAAAGAUAUCGAAAAGUAUCGAAAAGAUAUCGAAAAGUAUCGUUAA